CUGCCGCUUAGGCCUGAGCGAGAGCCGACGGCGGGCGGGCGGGCGCAGCAGCUGCCGGAGCGCCAGCGGGGACGUGUGGGCCCCGCACUCCUGUUUCUUCUCCCCGCCGCGCCCUCGGACAUGGUGGCCCCCGGCUGUGUGACUAGCCGACUGGGCUCGGUGUUCCCCUUCCUGCUCGUCCUAGUGGACCUGCAGUACGAAGGUGCCGAAUGUGGAGUGAAUGCAGAUGUUGAGAAACAUCUUGAAUUGGGGAAGAAAUUGCUUGCCGCUGGACAGCUGGCUGAUGCGUUAUCACAAUUUCAUGCUGCAGUAGAUGGUGACCCAGAUAACUAUGUUGCUUACUAUCGAAGAGCUACUGCCUUUUUAGCUAUGGGAAAAUCAAAAGCAGCACUUCCUGAUUUAACUAGAGUGAUUGAAUUGAAGAUGGAUUUCACUGCAGCAAGAUUACAGAGAGGCCACUUAUUACUCAAACAAGGAAAACUUGAUGAAGCAGAAGAUGAUUUUAAAAAAGUGCUCAAAUCUAAUCCAAGUGAAAAUGAAGAAAAGGAAGCCCAGUCCCAACUUAUAAAAUCAGAUGAAAUGCAGCGUUUGCGUUCACAGGCCCUUGAUGCUUUUGAAAACUCAGAUUAUAUUGGUGCUAUAACCUCCCUUGACAAGAUUUUAGAGGUUUGUGUUUGGGAUGCCGAUCUACGGGAACUUCGAGCUGAGUGUUUUAUAAAAGAAGGGGAACCUAGGAAAGCAAUAAGUGACUUAAAAGCUGCAUCAAAAUUGAAGAAUGACAAUACUGAAGCUUUUUAUAAAAUCAGCACAUUGUACUAUCAACUAGGAGAUCAUGAACUAUCCCUCAGUGAAGUUCGGGAAUGCCUUAAACUGGACCAGGAUCAUAAAAGGUGUUUUGCACACUAUAAACAAGUAAAGAAACUUAAUAAGCUGAUUGAGUCAGCUGAAGAACUCAUCAGAGAUGGCAGAUACACAGAUGCGACCAGCAAGUAUGAAUCUGUCAUGAAAACAGAGCCUAGUAUUUCCGAAUAUACAAUUCGUUCAAAAGAAAGGAUUUGCCACUGCUUUUCUAAGGAUGAGAAGCCUGUUGAAGCUAUUCGAGUGUGUUCUGAGGUUUUACAGAUGGAACCCGACAAUGUGAAUGCUCUGAAAGACCGAGCAGAGGCCUAUUUAAUAGAAGAAAUGUAUGAUGAAGCUAUUCAGGAUUAUGAAACUGCUCAGGAACACAAUGAAAAUGACCAGCAGAUUCGGGAAGGUCUAGAGAAAGCACAAAGACUAUUGAAACAGUCACAAAAAAGAGAUUAUUAUAAAAUCUUGGGAGUAAAAAGAAAUGCUAAAAAGCAAGAAAUCAUUAAAGCAUACCGAAAAUUAGCAAUGCAGUGGCACCCAGAUAACUUCCAGAAUGAAGAAGAAAAGAAAAAAGCUGAGAAAAAAUUCAUCGACAUUGCAGCUGCUAAAGAGGUCCUCUCUGAUCCAGAAAUGAGGAAGAAGUUUGAUGAUGGAGAAGACCCCCUGGAUGCAGAGAGCCAACAAGGAGGUGGUGGCAACCCUUUCCACAGAAGCUGGAACUCAUGGCAAGGGUUCAAUCCCUUCAGCUCAGGCGGACCUUUUAGAUUUAAAUUCCACUUCAAUUAAACCAGCCCUUUGUUUUUUUGGUUUUUUUUUUUUUUUUUGCUCUUAUUCCUUAAAAUUUUUUAAAGAUUAAAAACAAACCUUGUUCCAGGAUCCUAAAGAAAAAAAUUCAAAAAUUUUAGUUUGUCCAUGACCAAAGAAUUGUUUUAAUAAGAAAAAUCUGUUCUCCAUUUUAGACUUGAGGUGGGUGGGUUUGUUAUGGCCGGGAGCUGAGGAAUGUCUGGGAAGUGGUCUGAGGCAGGCUCACCUGGUCUGUGUUUUUCUAUGCUGCAGCAUGUAGAAAUGAUUUUCUUCACAGCCUUGCAUAGUAUGUCAGUGCCUAUAUGUAUAAGAAGGACCUGUACGUAACCUUCAUGAGAAUGGGUUAUAUUUCAGUAUUCUUAAAGAGAAUAUUAACAUUUUGAGCUAUUGGUUCUUAGGGACAAUUUUGUUUAGAUUUUGGUCAAUACAGUCACUUGCAAAUAUUUGUUAAAUUACAGAGCCUCCUUUAAUCUGCAUGCAUUUCCAUCUCCCCACCAGCAUGAAUAUGGCUGACACUGGGGGGAGGAAGGGACUAGAGCUCAUGCUAGAGAACCUGUUACCCAAUGGUAGUCGAUGUAGCCAGGUUUAGACUUUGGAUUGAUGGUAAGCAUAUACUUUGUAUUGUGUUGUUGAGUAUCUCUGCAAGAGAAUACUAAAAACCACUGAAAUAGAAUUAAUUAUAAAACCUAUGGGCCUUUUGUUUAACAUGACACAUAAUAAAUUAACUUAAAAGUUAUGCAUAAAAUAGGUUCAGAGAAGUAGCAGUGCUUUUAUGUAAAAUAAAUUUGCUGAGAUGCAGAGUGAACUGCUUCAACAACUGAAAUUGAGAGUUAAACCGUUUCCUAUAAGAGAAGUGAAAUAUAAAGUUGCUCAGUUAACAUCAACAGAAUGCCCUCUUGCCCACCUUUAAUUCAUACAGUGAGGCAGGUUCUUUUACCUCCUGGCCGACCCUCUUGUUCUGUAGUAACGCCCACGUGGGGCCUGUUUCAAGUGGGCAUGACACAGCAGACCUGCCGCUUUACCUGCCUGAAAAAAAAAUACAGGCUUACAGAUCUAGUCAGCUCUGGCUAUAUUUCCUCUAUCAAGAUGGCAUCUCUUCUUGGGAUUCCUUCUUCUUACCUUUGAAGAAAUGAACUAUUCAAUCUUUGUUAUUUGAUAAUUUUUUCCUCUAAAAAAAUGAGUGUUACUUUAAUCAAGAAUAUUAAAUAUUUAUGGAACUAUUGAUACUACAUUUAAAAUCUAAGAGAAUUACUUUAGAUAAGAAUUAGUACCUUUACUCUGGAAAGGUUUUCCUAUUUGCCUCAAAGCAUGUUGAAGCAUUUUAAGCAAUACAAGUCUGAUAUUGUUUUUAUGAAAUCAAGCAUUUUAGUUUUAGUUCUAGAAGGCAUCCUGACCAAUAAUGUCCAUAACGGGUAAGCACAAAUCAUUUUCUUCCACAGUCAUCCUGAAACAUAUGUGGAAAAAAUUUUCUUAACUGGGAGACAAAAAUCACAUAGUUGAGUUGGGAUAAAACACGUGCUUUUUGCAUCUAUUUAGAAGUCUAUUUCUUACCAAUAAACUUAACAAUGCAUUUUGAAAACUAGUGAACAUCUUGCAGCUUUCAUUUUGUUUUAAUGUCUCAAAAUUCAAGCUAAUGUGAAAAUAAUUUCCAAAGGAAAUUCCUUUUUGUUUAUUUAAUUUCAGUAAUCUCAUUAUUUAAUUAUAUCAGAGAUUUUUUUCAAUCUGGUUCUUUCGUACAUGAUGUCACUGUGACCUCUUUGAUAUCUAGCAAUGGCCUCUACUUUCAAGAAAAGGAUUUCCACACACAUGAGAACAAAAUAAAUACCAAAUUACUUGCCCUUCUAAUCAGAGGAGAGGAUGAAAAGUCCGGAGGGUUGAGAGCUGGGCCACAUGGGCAAUGCAUCUGGGACACAGGUUACCUCGCUGCCUGCCAAUUGCUGCCCAGAGGGUUGUUUACAUUGUUUUUUCUCCACUUGUAAUAACCGUAAUUCCUGUUUAUAAAGUCUUACCAUGGACUUAAUUUAGUCAUCGUACUGAAAUGUGCAGAGUUACUUGCCUGUUUUCAGUGAAGAGAGUAAAAUCUGUGAUGCCAAGUGCCAACGCCACUGAGAGAAAUUAAUCCUUUGGCAUUUGUCUUGCUGUUAAUGAAGAAAACGAUGACCUUUACAUUCCAGCCUGGAUGGGCAUCAGCAGUCUCUGGCAUCCACCUGAAGGGAAAGACGGUCCCUUGUCUCCUUACGUGACUGAGGAAAACGUGGGCGUGUAGAGGACAGUGAGUCUCUGCUGGCCUGAGGAUCGCUGUGCAAGGGAAGGCGAUGGCUGAGGAAGCAUUCGACUGGUUUGGGGGCCACUUGCACUUACCACUCUCGAGUCUCCUUGGAGACUGCAGUGCCCGGUAACCUUCAUGCUCUUUCUGGGAAAGUGAACGCCGAGGGGCACGUCACCUCACCUGUAUUAUAUUCCCUUCUUAACGCCUCCCUUUUGGAGAGCUCCACAAGUGAAGUAUUUCUGGUCUGUACAUUGUGGAUCUUUUCCACAGCAGCAAGUAUUAAACACAUCAGCCUAUAAAAUGUGAACAAGUUCUGAAAAGAGAAUAAAUUAACUUAUUGCCCACUUCUGAAAGUUCGUGCUUUCUUACCAUGGAUAAAUGAAAACUUGAGAACAACUUUAAUAGUUUACUGAUGUGAAUUGGAUAUAACUACUAAUUUUAAAAUGUCUUUCUCUUCAGUCAGUAUUAAAAGUUUAUUCUAAAUAUCAAUAUGGAAACAGAACUUUUUUGGGACUUUGAUAAUAAAAUGCAAACAAUCCACCAAAUUUUAAAGAGAAAAAUACUGAUAACUGAGUAGGAAAAAAGUUAAUAGAAUCACAAUUUAAAAUUGGCACAAUUUUCUAUUCAUGGUGGAAAAUGAAAGAUUCACCUUUUAAAGGCAUGAAGCUGGUAAAAAAUUGUGAGGUUUACCAUGAAAAAAAAUGCAUGAGAUGCCUAAGUUAAAAAUGGUUCCUCAGGUAUUUGUUAGAGCCGACUGCCUUAAAAGUACAGGGCACUGGUGACAGGCCUUGCAAAGAGUUUUUGUUGAGUAAACAUCAAUAGUAUAACCUAGAGAGAUCCAUGCAACUUUGUUGAACGUAAUUUACUUUUCCAUAUUUAUAAAGGAAGGAAGAAAGAAGGCAAAUGCUAAUCAAUGCAUGAUAUCCUUAUUCUAAGUCAGAUUAUUCCUUUUAAAGUAGCAGAGUUUAUUCUGUAAUUGCAAAUUAUGUUAAUAGGUGGGGAUACUUUUUUUUAAUUUUUAUGAAUGAUCUCAUUUGCUGAAUGAUUUAAGGGUAAAAUUAGCCACCGAGUGGCUUGUGUAUAGUUAACAGGUUUUGUUGUAAUCAUCUGUGGUUGAACCUCUUACCUGCAGUGGAAAGCAGUGUGUGGAGAGUGUAAAAGCUGGAGAUGUUUGGGGAGUUAAAAUAGUACUCCUGUACGGCUGUAUAGUUGGUUUUGAAUGAGAAGACUAAGUAACUUAAUCCAUCUCAGUUUAGUGUUUUAAUAAAAAACUGAAAAUUAAUUGAAAUGGGUCUCAGACAUGUCUACACAUAUGGGUACUAUUUUUAUGCCCUUGUAUUUUCACAUUUAAUAAAAAUAUUUAUGGUCAAAAUCA